UUUUGCCCAUGCUCCAAGCUAGCAUUGUCGUGGCUGUCGUGGCCGUGGCUGUAUGUCUGUGGAGGGUAUGGUGCAUCCUUCCCCGUCGUAAUGGAGCUACAUCUUCCUCGCUGCUCCAUACACCAGGCAAGCCAUCCUCGGGUAACCAGACGUCAACCACAAGUGGCUCCACCGCACGCACGCUCGUGGUUCUCGGGUCGGGUGGACAUACCACCGAAAUGCUCAAGCUGAUCAAGAGGUUGUCGAUGGAUACGUACGCGCCUUUGGCGUUUGUCGUGGCUGCUUCCGACCACACAAGCGAGGAGAAAGCUCGCGUGGAACGCAAGGACGAUGGACCCCUCCACUUCUACACGAUUCCUCGCAGUCGGGAGGUACAUACAGUGCAUCCAACGAUGUCCACUUCGCCAUCACAUGUGCAAUUUCUCGUAGGUCGGGCAGUCGUGGGUGUCCACCGUGUUCACGACAGCAUACUCGUUUCUGUACAGUGUAUGGGUGGUGUUUCACUUCCAGCCCGACGUGUUAGUUUGCAAUGGCCCUGGCACAUGCAUCCCCAUCUGCGCAGCGCUGCUCGUCCGCCGCUUUCUCGGGCACCAACCAUCGUCCAAGCUGAUCUUUUGCGAGUCAUUUGCGCGUGUGCAGCGUCUGUCGCUGUCCGGUCGACUUCUGUACCACGUCGCAGACGCUUUCGUCGUGCACUGGCCGCAACUGCAGGCAAAAUACCCACAUGCCACGUAUCUUGGCACGAUUUGCUAGAUUACUACUAAUAGGUACUAGUAAUACUACUGUAGUACCCAAACGUGUGAAACUAUUAAUAGACGGGAAUAGUUAAC